AUGCCCGGCACCGUCGUCGGUCCGCACGCGGCUGUCCUACUCUUCUACAUGCCGGGCCCGGCGCAGUAUGGGUCGUGGCCAUGGAUACAGAGUGCGUUUAAGAAGUACAUCACCGGGGACACGGUAGCCGCAGGCACCCUACCUGCGGCGCACAACUUUUCGUUGGCUGACUUUCUCGGCUCUAGUCUCGGCUUUGUCCGCACGCCAGCAGUGUUGGAGGCUCCGGACCAGUCCACCGGGGUGGCGCAUGCCGGCGAGCUUGGCGGGCAAGCUGCCAAACUUGCCGUACUCGGCGAAAAGCCCAUCGGGUCCCAGGGCACCGCGCCGCACUCGGGGUCAGUACAGAACCGAAAAACAUACUAA